UGCAAAACAGUGCAGUCCCAUUUCACUGUCCUGGAAGUCGCCUGAUCUGCUGCUAGCAUGAACUUGAAGCUGCUCUUCUGUUGCCUCUUCUUAUUGGUGCUCCUCAUACCUGCUGAAUCAAAACCCAAACACAGAAAAGGACAUGAGAGAUCACAUGAGGGAAGACAUGAAAAACAUGGCAAACAUGGUAUGCAUGACAAAAAGAGACUGAGGUUUGAAGACAUAAUUGAAGACAUCUUCUUCCGUGACACAUCUGAUGACGAUGAUGAGGAAGAUCAAAGUAAUUCAGACUGGCUUUUUGAACUUCUGUUUCCAGAAGGCAAAUGCAAUCCAAACCCUUGCCUCAACAAUGGUGUGUGUAAAGAAAAAGGCAAAAGUUUCAAAUGUGACUGUCCCAAGCCUUUUAUGGGAAGAAAAUGUGAGAGAGAACCAAAAGUUUGUAGGAGAGGCACAUGUGGACGUGGUGAGUGUGUGCUGACUUCAACCCGCCCAUACUAUGAAUGCAAAUGCAAGGCGCCUUUCCAGCCCCCAGACUGCAGACAAUAUUCAGUGUGUAAGCCAAAUCCAUGCAAAAAUGGUGGCCAAUGCAUCAAGGAUGGCAAUGACUUUGACUGCGUGUGUCCUGAAGGGUACAGGGGACGUUUCUGUCAUGUUGGUCCACAUGACUGCUAUGUGGAUGACGGAGAGACAUAUCGUGGUGUUGUAAGCGAGACUGAUGAUGGCUAUGAAUGCCUCCAGUGGAACUCUCAUUUUAUCCUUGAAAAAGGUGCUGAUCCCUUCAAUUCUUUUGAGGACAGUGAUGGGCUUGGCCCUCACAAUUUCUGCAGAAACCCAGACGGAGAGCCGAGGCCAUGGUGUUUUUACAGAAGUGGCUACAGGUUGCUUUGGGACCACUGUGAUGUGAGACCAUGUCCUGAUCCAACAGAUGUGGUGCCAACUGAUACUCCUGAUCCUGAACCUACUUCUUCUCAACUGCCUUCUACAUCCCUUCCACCGCCUGUGACGUCCACUUCAGUUCCACAACUUUCUACUGUACCCCCUAAUAUUACCACUAUACCACAACAGUUUCUCACCUGUGGUAACCCUCAGCCAAAAAAGGCAGUUACGCGAAUUUAUGGAGGUCUGAAAGUCGCACCAGGAGCAAUACCGUGGCAGGUGUCUGUGCAAGAGAAGCCAAAGAACUCCCCCCGGCCAUACAAACAUGUUUGUGGAGGAGUUCUCAUCGCCAGCUGCUGGGUUCUCACAGCUGGACACUGCAUCGAAGCAAAGAAGGACAUGCAGGUGGUCAUGGGAAGCCUGUCACUGGAUAAUGUGGAACCCACAGCUCAAACCGUUGAAGUUGAAAAAGCUAUUGUGCAUGAGAACUACAGAUCCACUUUAUCAGCUGUUUACAAUGACAUAGCCUUGCUGAGGCUGAAGGGGAAAGACGGAUUCUGUGCCAAUGAGACACAGUUUGUGAAGACAGCCUGCCUGCCUGAUGCGCAACUCCCUGAUGGGAUGGAGUGUACCAUUUCUGGAUGGGGUGCUACUGAGGAAUCUGACUUUGGUUCCAACCACCUGCUGGAUGCAAACGUACUGCUGAUCAACCAAGAAAAGUGCUCUGAACCCAUGAUUUAUGGCAAUGUUCUGGAUAAUACCAUGUUCUGUGCUGGUCAUUUGGAGGGAGGGGUGGACUCCUGCCAGGGGGACUCUGGAGGACCACUGACUUGUAAACAGAAUGUCACCCAUGUUGUUUAUGGUGUGGUGAGCUGGGGAGACCAGUGUGGAAAGAAGAACAAGCCUGGAGUCUACACGCGAGUUACUCAAUUCCUGAGCUGGAUCAAAUCAAAGACUCAAGCAUCUCCACAAGCAGCCUGAAGUUACUAACCGACAUAUGUGCACGCAGCAAAAAACAUGAUUAUAAAUGCAACUGCAUCAUGAUUUUACUUGUGACUUAUCUACAGUUCUACCUUAUAAGUUACUUCUAAUUUCUAGUUUUAAUUUACACAAAAAUUGCAAAUUAAAAUUACAGUAUAAUCAGUUGGAUUGUAAUGAUAUUUAAUAGAUGCUCUGCUUAUGUUUUAUCUGUUUUCCAUGGCUUACAGAAAAUCUGUCAAUCCUUCUAUCAUAUUCGUUUAUGAUAGAAAUGAUGCAAAUAUGGAAAAAGUAAAGUAAAGUUAGCACUCUGCUGUGCUUGUUGGGAGA